GCCAUCCCACCUCGCAUCUACCUCCUCCGUGCUACUAACGCCCAACGGAUUCGACCAUGGCGGCGACGAGGUCGACCGCGACGGCGGCGCUCGCGCUCUCCAGAACCCUCGCCCGCCGCCCCGCCGCCUCCUCCUCCUCUAGAAGAAUCUCCCUCGAACUCUCCGCCCCGAGAGGCACCAAUCCAUUCCAAUCCGCCGCGUUCUCGUCCACCACCACCGGAGAUCCGCCGCCGCCGACGAUGGAUUCGCCGAUCAAGGUGGUGUCGCACAUCGGGGGGAGCGGUGGGGAUGGGGGAGGGGGAGCGAUCGACGCGGGGAGGUCGGCGAGGAAGCCGCUGAGCCUGUGGCCCGGGAUGUACCACUCGCCGGUGACCAACGCGCUGUGGGAGGCGCGGUCCAGCAUCUUCGAGCGGAUGAUCGACGCCGGGGCCGCGGGGAAGCAGCAGCAGCAGCCACCGCAGACGGAGCUGCUGACGAAGACGCCCGCGGGGAGCCGGACCAGCAUCGUGUACAAGUUCGCCACCGACGACAUCCUCCGGGAGCAGUACAGGGACCCGUGGAACGAGGUGCGCAUCGGCAAGCUGCUCGAGGACCUCGACGCCCUCGCCGGCACCAUCGCCGUCAAGCACUGUUCUGACGAAGAUAGCACAACAAGGCCCCUUUUGCUGGUGACUGCUUCUGUAGAUAAGAUGGAGCUAAAGAAGCCAAUUUGUGUGGACACUGAUCUGAAGAUAGCUGGAGCUGUUACUUAUGUUGGCCGUUCUUCAAUUGAUAUACAAAUUGAAGUGACUCAAGUUGAUCAAGAUAGUGAUAUGCAAUCAGAUCCAAUCGCUCUAACGGCUAACUUCACGUUUGUUGCACGAGAUUCUAUGACUGGAAAGUCUGCUCCAGUGAACCGCCUUUCACCAGAAACUGAAAAGGAGAAACAACUAUUCGCAGAGAGGGAAGCAAGGGACAAGCUGAGAAAAAGAAAGAGAGAAGAACAGAAGGGGGUGUUUGAAAAUGGGAUAAAUAAGCUUCAUGUUGAGGCUGAGCGACUAAAUAGUUUACUAGCAGAGGGCCGUGUUUUCUCUGAUUUGCCUGCUUUAGCUGAUAGAGAUAGCAUCUUGCUGAAAGACACUCGCCUGGAGAACUCUCUUAUCUGUCAGCCUCAACAACGGAACUUGCAUGGACGAAUAUUUGGAGGUUUCUUGAUGCACCGAGCAUUUGAGCUUGCCUUCUCAACUGCAUAUGCCUUUGUUGGGCAAAGACCUUGCUUUCUUGAAGUUGAUCAUGUUGACUUCUUAAAACCAGUGGAUGUAGGAGACUUUCUUCGAUUCAAGUCAUGUGUCUUGUAUACCCAGCUCGACAAUGCAGAGCAGCCUCUGGUCAAUGUUGAAGUUGUUGCUCAUGUAACAAGGCCUGAGCUCCGGAAGAGCGAGGUUUCCAACACAUUCCACUUCACCUUCACCGUCUGCAGCGAUGCAUUGAAGAACGGACUGAAGAUACGCCAUGUUGUUCCCUCUACUGAAGAAGAGGCACGGCGCAUAUUAGAGCGCAUGGACGCAGAGGGUUUGUUCGACUAGUCCUGCAGAACCGCUUGUUUCAGCCACAUGUCUUUUUUUUUUUACUGAUCAACGUCAGCUAAUGGGAAAUGUAAAGAUGAUUUAAAUAACAUCAGAUAAGUAGUAGCAUGCUGGCAAUAUAGCGGCAAAAUGCUAGUUAUAUGAUUACUUUUGCAAUUCCUUUUGCAGACAUUUGGGGGUAUAUAAUAAACAUAAACCUCGAGACUCAAAAUGCGCACCAUA